GUUCAAGACACUUCAGCCCAACGACAAGGCUACAACGAUGCGGUCAUCCCGGGCCCCACUGCGGCGCAUGCAGGUACUGCGUCGAGUGGACCUCUAACCUCACAUGGAAACUGCAUUUCUACUAUAUACGAAUGCACCAAUGAUGGUUACUCAUGGUAUUUGUUAUAUCAUAUUACCGAAUGAAACUAAGGACAAAUGAGCUUUCGUCCCACAGCGGGUCUUGGUCUUAGUAUUUGUGUACAGUCGCUGGACAUCGAAAUGACAUUCUACAACGAACAGGUCAAGCUGAUACAACAGAGUAAGCAUCAAGGUUGGUUAGCCUUGUCUAACUUCUUACCAGGUAUCAUGGGCGAUCCUCCACGGAACCCUUUCAAGACUUCAGCCGCGCCCUUUUCGCGGAUCCUUCCUUUGUAUCCCCGUCAUAAUUGCACUCACAGACCCCGCUGCUUCAAGGCCCCCAGCUUUCAUACGCUUGGGUACAUUGUACUAGCAUCUUGGAUCGUUCGACAUCCUCGUUCAUCACAUACCAUACUCUGUCUUGCGGCUGAUCAAUGGAUCCCUCAAAAUCACACAGCAAUAGAAAUAUUCGCUAUGCGCCAACCUACCAGAUAAACACUACAUCUCAUCCGACAUCCUUCUAUCACUACACAUCGAUAUCACUCAAACAAGAGAGAUCGGCUCUUCAUCACCUGGCUCUUCCCCAAGUACCUGUUU